AUGGCCACGAAAGUUGGAGAGCACGACCACCAAAUAAAGGCGCAUUCAUCGGACCACCAGCCGCAGCCGUACGCACCGGUGCUAGAGCCCCACGUGCCGCCCGAGCACCGCCCGUGCACCCGCAGGCAGAACGCGCACGCCCGCAAGCAGAUCGCCCACACCCGCAGACAGCCCACGCACGACGACAACGUGACCCGUGUCUCCCCAGCUCCCCAAAGCGACCCGCGUGUUCCCAACGCGAACUGCGAGCCCCACGCUACUCGUCUCGGCUUCUUCAUUGAUCUGUGUGUUCCAGAAACGUUCUGCAUGAGGUCUCCACGCCCUAACGCCCGUGCGCGUCGCGCGAUCCGAGCAGUCUCGGCCACAGCGCAUCCUAACAGCUCAGCCAGGCCACCAGACCGUGCCAACUCAGCCACCAGCGCACCAUAUGACCACUCACCUCCUUCGUGCCCCACCAGCUUCAAGGAGCAGUUGGCAGAAGGUUCAAUUGAAGUGAGUGGAGUUCCCAGUGCGAGGAAAGCUUCCAGGAGUUGA